GGGCUCUGCAAAAAGGUCGGACAAUUUGUAACGCUAUGAAGCACUGGCUGCUUUCAAACACACACGGAUUGGUUUUCUUUCUUUUUUUAUCGUCUCAGUCUUAUUGAUUAUUCGUUCAUGUGAAAAGACUGAUAACCUGAUAAUAGAACUAGCAAUACCGGAUGUCCCCACGUUACCAUACUGUGAUUUAACCAAUCCAGGUCUUGUAGAGAUCAUACAAUGAUACAAAGGAAACGAAACAAGGAAACACGCGAGUGUAUUAAGGAAGCGUCCGUGAUUUUAGUCGCUUACAGUCACAUGUUUAUCUUGUAUAGAUCAUAUGACUAUCGCGUUCAAAAAUGACAGCUGGAUCCAGCCAGCAGAAUGCAGCAGUGGUCUUAUUAAUCAUUCAUUUAUAUUUAUAUGGGGGUUAUCAACUGACUGAGUUACAGAUAUGCCACUUCUGCAACGGAACAGUGCAGAAUAGCACCGCGCUGGGCCAGUUCUGUUCCGCAUCUGCGGGCUUGAUUGACGGAUGCUGCUGCCUGCUGCGAAAAGAAAACACCAGCAAUGCUGACUACGUCAUCGGGUUGGACCUAUCAAAUUGUUCUCUAAGUCAUGUCGAGGACCUUCAAGAGGCAUCAACAGCUGCAAUGAUAGAUAUCUCACUGAACCCCAUAGUUCAACUGAACAAUUCACUGUUUCAAGGCUUCAUCCAGCUGGAUAACCUGAUUCUGCCUGUCAACCUGGCCUGUCCAGGAGGCAAUGCAUCAUGGAAUAAAGUGGAGGUCAAAGGGGAGACACGUCACUGUGAAGGACAGAAGGACAUCUGCAACCAGACUGGACAUCUGUCGUUGAAUUGCCCUGAGAACUCCCUCUGUGCAGCGUACGGGCCGGGCUUCUUUGAGUGUAGCUGUGUGGACGACUUCCAUGGAUACAAGUGUCUUCGAGAGGGGAAGUUCCCUAUAAUCCAGGUGUUCGGGAUUCUAGGGGCCUCUACAGUCCUGGUCUCCAUCCUGCUAUGGGUCACCCAGAGACGCAAGGUCAAAUCUGUCUGAGGUUCUACCCACUCCUCUGGUCUGAGGCCUGGCCCUGGGACUCUAUGGUUGGGAAACACUUGUUUUCCCAGUGAUUCUGACAUGAAGAGACAAGGGGGAAAAUAUGUGAACAUUUUAAAACUGACUUUAGCGUGGACAGUCAAGUGUAUUCUAAUGGAGACGGUUGUAUCAUUGCUCUGGACCUUUAUAAUUUUAAUCAUCUSUUUUGAUGGGGUUGUUAAAAUCUUUGUUUUUAUCGCCACAGAUGUUGCAAUUGUCGUAGCCUUCAAAAAAAAAACGUGCAGCCAUUUGUCUAGAUCAACAUGAAAUCUAAGAGAUUGUGAUGCAAGACAAUACAUGACCAUCACUUUAUUAUGGCCUACAGUAUAUGUGCCAAAUCAUGUUUAUAAAAAGCUUACUAAGAUGCUUGGGGCCAGUUUCCCGGACAUAGACUAAGCCUCGUACAGCACCAAAACAUCUAUUUCAAUAGAGAUUCUCCGUCGAGCAUGUUUUUAGUCCAGAACUACGGUUAAUCUGUGUCUGGGAAACCGGCCCUAGUAUAACGUUGCAUUAGCCCCCCCCCCCCCUCAUUUUUGGGAAAACUGAUAUAUCAAGAUAUCGGUUGAUUAUAUACAUUAUAGGGAGACAAACACAUUGUUUG